UGUGAGUCAGGACACCUGACACAGGCCUUCAUGCUGCUCGGUAGUAACGGUAGCACGGAGUGUAGAGUUACCGGGGCCCGUUGCUACAGCAAUGUUGCUGAGCAACAUCCGAUAACAUUAAAGACUGUUGAGAUCAGGUUAGAGGAGAGGCUCGCGACUUUCUGUGCGUGUGUGUGUGUGUGUGUGUGUGUGUGAAGGUUUCAGCACCCUGGACAGCGGCCGGGCCCAGUGGACAGUUCCAGUUCUGACAGAACUCAUGGAGAUCAUGGAUGGACUCAGCAGCAGCUUCCAGGACUCUGUAACAGACUGCGUGUAGAGGAAUGUUCAGGAAGAUCAACAAUGUGUUCCGUCCAAACCAUCACGGACACAGAGGGCGGGAUGCGGGUUUUGGUGGCGGGGUUCGGUCCGAGCAGGACUACCACAACGCCUGCACCGUCCGGCUGGUCCGCAGCACCUCCAUGCUGGUGGUGGGUGAGAGGAGUCAGGCUGCGGCCGAGGGCUCGACUCUGAAGCGGAGCAAGAGCACCGUGAGCAUCGAGUCCACCCUGUACUACUACCAGAGGCACGAGGACAGGAUAUGGCUGUACUCGCAGAACCAGAACUGCCUGGAGUACCUGGAGGCCCUCGUGGCCUUGAGACGGCAGUACACGAAGAGUGUGAGUGACUUGAAAAGUACCGACAGCAAGGCCACGGUGUCCUCCAAGAAGAAGCCGGCGCCGCCGCCGCCUAAGACGGAGGAACCGAUAUCCAGAGCCAAACCUUCCGCCCCUCCGGUCCCGGACGAGGAGGACACUCUGCAGUUCUUUGACGCGGUCAUCGCCAGCUGCGACAGCGAGCCUCUGCGCAAACCGUACACCGACGAUGGACACGCAGACGUGGACUUCAUAGUGGCCUCCAGCUCGGCCGAACACGACCUCCACUCUAACUGGGUUCUGCGGGUUCCUCGGGUCGUGGACGGCUCCGAGCAGAAAGCGGUUCCAGACUGUGCCAAAGACAGCUCCAAGAAGAAGAAGAAGAAAAACCAGAGCGGGUCCACGAGCAGUCGGCUGCAGCUGCAGAGGAACCCGAUCCAUCUGCCCAAAGUGGUGCAGAGUGCAUUCCAGACUCUGCGCUUCAAGCCCAAAUUAAAAAAGCAGUGAAGCCUGAUGGACAUUUGACACGAGCCGCAGUAGAACUCAGCCUAGUUUGUAUGGACGGACACCAUCAGGACAAUUAGCAUCUACAUGAAACAUUUAAAGGAUGUUUAACGACGUGAAGGUAGUGGAGUUAACUCCUCUUGGUCUCAAAUGUUCCACAGCAGACAUGACAGACUCGUCUUAGUAAGAAAUCCACAAUGAGUCAGCACCGGGACCCUGAAACUGAAGCAGCUAAAUGGAAUCCAGCCAUCAUUCAUUGGUAGAAGAACAUAUGUACAACAUUUGCAACGUAGAAACGUGAAACAUCAAAACGUUUAGCUCAACUUGAACUCCUCAUCUAUUAUUUUCCCUUUUAAAUAUUUCAUAGUUUCUGAAAUAUUCUCCUUUUUUUCUUUGUUACUUGUUUGACCGUUCGAUCUUGGACUUUUUUUAAAGGUUUUUCCAACUCUCAUCUACUCCGUGACAUCAUCACAUCUCUCAUACAUUUCGGCCACGAUUCGACUUUUUUAAAGUCGAAAUCCAAUUAAAACUUUUUCAGCUUCAUUUGAAGGCUAGUUAAAAUGUUAAAGUGGAAUUAGAGAAACCUCAUUCAUGCACUCACAUUCAAUUUAAACACAUUGAUUACAUUUUUUUCAUCUUUCACACUUUUUUACACAAUUGCAGUUAAAUUUUAAUGCAGCUCGGCACCUUCUCCUCUCUCACGGCAUCAAGAUUCAGCUGCUUCUUCGGUUCAGCUUCCAGCUGAUGCACCAUGCUUUGCACUUUCCCAACACGUAAACUUACAUUUGGCUGGAAAACCUUAAAACGUUUUUCAGACAUUAAGGGUAAUAUUUCCCACUCUCAUCUCUUCAAAAACCUUCAGCCUCUUCUUCAACAAACAAAUUAAAGCCAGCGAUGUGGUAUGCAUCAGCUUUUCAACAUCCAGACUCCUGCCUUCUAGUUUUAUUUCCUCUCCGGUGUCAUUUGUUUCAAGGAUUUUCUCAACAACUGCAGAU